ACAACAAGCAUCCCUAUACAUUCUGCUCGGGGUCCUUCUCAGCAACACCCUUCCAAGAUGGCAGCCAACAGUAGCAGCACGGUUAGCAAAUCCAGCAGCGGCAGCAGCGCCGGAGGAAAGCCGUCCGGCCCGUCUGCCGAGCAGGUGGUGGCAACAUUUCAAAGGAUGCGUCAGGAGCAGCGCAGUAUGGCCUCUAAAUCUGCAGAUUUCGAGAUGGAUAUCAAUGAGCACAGCUUAGUAAUUGAAACCCUGAAGGAAGUGGAUCCUUCGAGGAAAUGCUUUCGUCUUGUAGGAGGAGUGUUGGUGGAGAGGACGGUAAAAGAAGUUCUACCAGCCUUGGAGUCUAACAAAGAACAGAUCUCCAAAUUAAUCGAGUCCAUCAACAAGCAGAUGCAGACGAAAGGGCGGGACCUCACAGAGUACAGGGAACGCUACAACAUCCGGUUGGUGGGGGAAGGUGAAGCGGAGGCACAGGGCCAGUCGGCGGCAUCUUCCAGUGACAACAAAGACGGCGGGUCUAAAAGCGGAGCUGGCGUUUUAGUGUCGUAGUUUGUUAUUAUUGAGAGCGACCGUAGGGCCUUAUGAUUUCUCCAGUACCUAAAAUAUGGUUGUAGUCACACAAUUUAAAAUGUAUCUUCUCACACUUGAUUUUGAUUACAUUUCUGCUCAGAUACUGCACUUGGUACUGAGGUACUUUGCAACAGACACCGACUCACACAUGUGAAUGCUAGUGCUUAUACAAAUGUAGGUUGUUUGUCUUAAAUCUGCCUUUCAGUGAAGCUGACUUUCUUUUUCUAGAAUAUUGUGGCCUAAAUUAAAUAAUUGAAUUGUAAGUUCUUGUUUUCGUCUUACUAUCAUUUACGCAUGAGCAAAUAAAUACUUCACUAUCAGAGUACGGCAAAAUGUAAUCCACUUAUUAAUAUACAGUUUCAAGGAUGCCUAAUAAAAAAUUCAAAGAAGAAAUAAAAAAAUCAGAUGUUUAGAAAAUGCAAGACAGGAGUGCACAGAUGAAAAGUGAAUGUUUGUUAACUUAAGACUUUUGACUUACAACGUACAAAAAAAUCUGAUUUCAUAGGGCCCUGAAUUAGGUUGAGCUUUGCAAGAAGUGACCCUUGCCAAGGCAGUUCAGGUCCUUGAAGACAUUUUGACAACAUGUGUUAUGAGCAUGAACAAGAUAAUAUACAGUAAACAUGUCACUAUAGAUCAAAAUGAACGUCAGCUUUUUUAAGCCUCUGUAAUUCAUGACUCGUAAAAUUGUCUCCAUGCACAGAAUGGCUGCUGGUUUGUAUUCAUAUAAAUGUGUGGUCAGCUUUUGUACAGAGGUUAAUAAAGCGGACAUCAUGAUGUGACCAUAAGUCAGUACUACCACCACAACCUUGAUGAUAAAGCCUCAUUAUUAAAAACACAACAAAAGUUGUAGUCUGGUCUAUAGCACAUGUUUGAGCUAUGUUGAAUUCAUUUCUGAACUCUGUCUAAAAUGACCUGAUGUUUUUGUCAGCACUGUUCAUGUAGUCGUGAGGACAACAAUGUUUUUGUUAAUGGUCAUUAAAAAAUGUUUCUCAAAUGUU